UAACUUCCCAACGUUGUUGUUUUAUCACAGUCCUCCAUAAACUCUCUACUGCGCAGCUUUCAAGCGAACACCCCACUGUUUCUGAAACACUCCUAAAUAUUGAUGCUGUAAUUUUGUAUUCCCAAACAUGAGACUUGUGAUUCUAGAUGAUUAUGACCUGGCCAGCGAGUGGGCUGCCAAAUAUAUCAGGAACAAAAUAGUCGGGUUCAAACCGACUGCAGACAGAUACUUUACUUUGGGCCUUCCCACUGGGAGUACUCCACUUGGAUGCUACAAGAAACUGAUUGAAUACCACAAAAGUGGAGAUCUUUCUUUUAAGUAUGUGAAAACAUUUAACAUGGACGAAUAUGUUGGUCUUCCAAGGGACCACCCAGAGAGUUACCACUCCUACAUGUGGAACAACUUCUUCAAGUUCAUCGACAUCGAGCCCCAGAACGCCCACAUCCUGGACGGGAACGCCCCCGACAACCAAGAAGAGUGCAACGCCUUUGAGAUGAAGAUUAAGGAGGCUGGUGGCAUCGACCUGUUUGUAGGGGGUAUUGGUCCUGAUGGACACAUCGCCUUCAAUGAGCCGGGGUCCAGCCUGGUGUCCAGAACAAGAGUGAAGACCCUGGCGAAGGACACUAUUGUGGCUAACGCCAGGUUCUUUGGGAAUGACCUAUCCAAGGUCCCCACAAUGACCCUCACAGUCGGCGUUGGGACCGUGAUGGACGCCAGAGAGGUGAUGAUCCUAAUCACAGGAGCACACAAAGCCUUCGCCUUGUACAAGGCCAUCGAGGAGGGGGUCAACCACAUGUGGACUGUGUCCGCCUUUCAGCAGCACCCACACACCAUCUUUGUGUGCGACGAGGACGCCACUCUGGAACUCAGGGUCAAGACGGUGAAGUACUUCAAAGGCCUGAUGCAUGUCCAUAACCAGCUGGUGGAUCCCGUACACAGCAUCAAGGACUACAAAGACUGAAGCGGGAGACGUUACCAUGUCUCCUUGGGAGCAAUAUUCCAGGACUGUUACCGAACUCGCACAAUCGGGUGGCAAAAUGGUCAUGUGACUAAACUGACUGCAACAUCUACCUAAUACAUCUGCGCUUUGAUGCAAAGAUACUGAUCCUUGCUGAGGCCGUGGUUGGUCUUUGUGUCAUACUGCAUUUAAUCUCUUAUAAAUACUGUAAGUCUUGGUGCGGUCAUUGGGUCUUGCACGUUGUGUCAAUGCUGUUACAUUCAGUGACACACCAGUUUCUGGUCUGAAAGAGCCGGUGGGACAGCAGCUCUGGGAAAGCAGCCUAACCCUAGUUCCCCUCAGCAUCCUUAUCUGGGUCAAAGAGGUCCACAUCUUAUUGAGUGGCACCGCUGCACUACGGGCACUCUUCAUGUACAGUUCGUCUCACACCUCUGUGCCCUCAUUUGUACAGGUCCUGUAGGGCCCAACACUUACACAUUCUUUUACUUCUAUCCUUUCUCUUGAAGAGUUAGCGAACAUUCCUUAUCUCGUACUGUGACUUGAAGUGAAUUAUUCACCUGGCUCUUGCCAAGGGGCCACUGAUGUUUGUCGUUUAGUCCUUCACCAUGAUGUAGAGCCACUGAUCUGGAGGCAGGGUUUGAGCCAAAUUGGCUUGAUUCCAUUGAGCUAAACUGGCUUGAGUACAUUGUUAUGAAAAGGGAUAUGUUUUCUAAGGUGAUGCUGGCUGGCCUGUCGUGUUGCUUGUGUUGUUGCCCGGUUCUGUAAAACUCUGUUUUGUUUCGGGCCAAAUUUAACAAGUCGCAGACAGAAUGCGGUCUGUCUGUACACUCCUUUUUACACUCUUCUGUUUUUGUACCUUUUCUUUCUCGUCACCUUAAGUAUUAGAUCUUUAAAUAAUGUUUCAUUUCAAUUAGGCCAUCCAAUCUGAAUGUACCGUGUGUUUGGCGGUUAUUAGUUAUUUUUCUGUGCUUUUUGGCCCUUGUCUACUGGUGCGGUGUUUCUCAUAUCAAUGUCUGUUUAUUCUCUGCUUACUGAUUAAAAUCAUAGAACGUUAAUUGGC